GAAGAGCUUUGCUGGAAGUAGAAAUCGCAUCACACUAUCAAUACGUCACGAGAGCUUUGCUGGAAGUAAGCAGUCAAAAUUUUCAUCUCGCGGAGGUCUCUCCUGGUACUCAGAGCUUUUGGAUGCAGGGAUCAAAGAUGUAUACGAAGGUAAUAAGAGUGGCAACAAUCCUACUACUGCUUUUCCACCUGAGCUCAGCGGAACAAUGUGGACGACAAGCAGGAAAUGCCGUGUGUCCUAACAACCUGUGCUGCAGUCAGUAUGGCUGGUGUGGAUCCACAUCAGACUACUGUGGAACCGGCUGCCAAAGCGGACCAUGCUCUGGUAGCGGCACUCCCAGCACUCCCAGUGGGUCGAAGACCGGGGAAGUUUCAUAUUACACAGCUCCGUUUGUUCCUUCCGCUUGUUUUGGAUUCGAUGCAAGUCAGUUUCCCUCCAACAAUUUCUUUGCUGCGGGAGGUGACGGAGCACCCAAUAUCUGGAACAAUGGUGCAAACUGUGGCAAAUGGUUCAGGAUCCAAUGCACAGGCAAUGGCUGCACUAGCUCAGCGACCAUCUCUGUCAGAAUAGUGGAUCGUUGCCCUAAUGGAUGCGUAGGUGGGCGAGCAUUUGAUUUGUCCAACACAGCGUUUAGUGCCAUAGCAAACACAGCCGUUGGACAUGUCAGUGUCAACUAUUCCGGUCCAUAUGAUAAUGCCUAGUAACAGAUCGCCCAUAAAGUGAUCGGCUGGACAUCUUCUUGAUAAGUGGAAGCUGAAAUGGAGAUUUUCAAUGGAUCUUCCUCAUUUUCCUCUUUGUCUAGCUCGUUGAAAUAAAAAGUUGGUUCGAGUUCAGUUGUCUCUCAUGCAACUGAAAUUCUUCCAUGUACGGAUAUAUUUGAUUACUUCAAUCGUCCUUCUUCAAAUUCAUGUUCUACUGGC